CACACAGGGGAUUGAAGGCAGCACCAAACACCUGCAUUAGGAUGGCAGCCAAAGGAAACGGAACCACCAGUGCUCACUUUGUCCUCUUGGGAUUCUCUGAGCAUGUCCAGGUUGUCCUGUUUGUGGUGUUGCUGGUGAUCUGUGUGAUCACCCUGCUGGGGAAUGUGGCGCUGCUGGUGUUGAUCAGGCCGGUUGCCCAGUUCCACACCCCCAUGUACUUCUUCCUGAGCAGCCUGUCCUUCCUUGACCUCUGCUGUUCCUCCUGCAUCACUCCCAGGCUGCUCCGGGAUCUCCUGGAUGAGGACAAGCCGCGUGAGGCCGCGUGCCUGACGCAGUUCUAUUUCUACGUGGCCUUCGCCACCACCGAGUGCUGCCUCCUGCCUGCCAUGGCGUACGACCACUACGAGGCCGUCUGCCACCCCCUGCUCUGCUCCCUCUCCGUGUCCCGAGGGAUCUGUGUGCUCUUGAUGGCCGGCUCCUGCCUGGCUGGGGUCACCAAUGACGCCCUGCACACGGGCCUGGCCCUUAAGCUGAGCUGCUGCAGCCCCAAGGUCAUCGGCCACUUGUACUGCAAGAGGCUCCCGCUCAUCGCCCUCUCCUGCACGGACCCCGCGCCCAGCGAGCUGGGAAUGUUCAUCACGGCGGGCUUCAGCCUGGCUGCCACCGUCCUGGCCAUCCUCCUCUCUGCUGCUGUGCUGGGCACGCGCUCGGCCGUGGGGAAGCGCAAAGCCUUCUCCGCCUGCGCGUCCCAGCUGGCUGCUGUGGCGCUCUUCUACGGAUCCCUGGUGUCCGUGUACGCCCAGAGCAGCUCCAGGAGCUCCCCAGAGUGAGACAACGUGGCCUCUGUGUUCUACACCAUGGUGAUGACCAUGCUGAACCCCUUCAUCUGCUGUCUGAGGAACCAGGAGGUGAAGGCCGGGCUCUGGAGACUGAUGGGGAGGAAACACUCAGCUGAAAAAUAG